UUGGAUGUCAACAUGAAAGCAGGAAUCUAUAUACUUCUCUUAAGUGAAAUAUGUUUUGAAUUCAUCCGGGCUGAUAUCAAACCUAAAUUUCCAAUGGUGGAAAAAGAGAGUAAUUUCUUGGAAAGAAAUAACAUCAGUAUUUCCAAAGAGUGGUAUCAUCACAAAAAUAUCUCUAAGCCUUUUGAACACCAAAGUUUUGAAGACCAAGGUCUUGAAGAUUUCACUCUUCACAACUUCACUGAAAAGACCACAAAUUUUGGAUUUAACCUCUACAGAAAAAUUGCAAUGACACAUGAUAACAAUGUAAUCAUCUCUCCAUUUUCUGUGUCAGCUCUCAUGAGUGUCUAUAUGAUGGCAACCAAAGGAGAAACACACAGACAAAUUGUAAAAGGUCUAAACCUCCAUGAUGUGAAGGACAGAGUGGAUAGCCAACAUUUACCAGCUUUGUUUAAACAACUGACAGGUAACAUCACAAUGAAUGAAGAAUUUCUCCUCAUGCGAGGUGUUCUUUCUUUUAUUCAAAAGGACUUCAAACUCAAGGAGUCUUUCCUGAAUUUAUCUAAGCAGUACUUUGAUAUGGAAUUCCUGAAAGUAGACUUUGAAAACUUAACACAGGCAAAACUUUUCAUCAAUCAAAAAAUUAACAAAAUGACAAAAGGAAAAAUCCCAAGACUUUUUGAAGAGCUGGACCGCCAUAACAGAGUGGUGCUUGUGGACUACAUUUUCUUUAAAGGCAAGUGGGUCUAUCCAUUUAAUUCCAAAUUCACGGAAAUUGAGACUUUCCACAUAAACAAAUACAGAAGUGUACAAGUACCCAUGAUGUUCAAGUCAGAUAAAAUUAAUUCCACUUUUGAUGAGAACUUAAGAUGCACUGUGAUAAAGAUACCUUACAAAGGGAAUGCCCACAUGCUGAUUGUUAUCCCAGAAAAAGAGGGAGACUACAUUUCAAUUGAAGACCAUUUGACUGCAGAGCUUGUGGAAUCCUGGUUUGGAAGCAUGAAAUCCAGAAAAGUGGAUAUUUCAUUUCCAAAGUUUAAACUAGAGCAAAAAUACAAAAUGAAGAAACUGCUUCAAAGUCUUGGAAUUAAAAAGCUUUUUACACGUUCAGCAGAUCUUAGUCAUCUGACAGAUCACGAAUAUGUAGCGGUUUCACAGGUUGUCCAAAAUGCAGUUAUUGAAGUGGAUGAGGAAGGAACUGAGGCUGCAGCAGCAAGUGGCUCUGAAAUAACUGCAUUCACAGUGCCUCCUGUCAUCAAAGUGGACCGGCCAUUCCUUUUCAUGAUUUUUGAAGAAACUUUUAAAACAUUACUGUUCAUUGGCAGGGUGGUUGAUCCAACAGAAAUGUGA